AUGCAACCUAAAACUUUCGUCCACCAACUUCAUGCAAUUCUUCUGGAACCGGAAGUAAAUAAAUGGAUAUACUGGUCUCCGACUGAUAACACGGUAUUUUUUUUGAAGCCAUAUGACCCUAAUUUUAGUACACAUGUUCUGAAGCGUUAUUUCAAACAUGGAAAUGUCAAUAGUUUUGUUCGUCAACUACACAUGUACGGGUUUCAUAAACUAUCUCAUCCUUCCCCAGACCAAUCUUCUGCCAACAAUGGUAACGUUAAAGAACUUGUUGAAUGGAAAUUUACCCACCCAUCUGGAUUCUUCUUCAAAGAGGCCAACGCCGGUAUCUUGAAUAAAAUCCAAAGAAAGAGCACUGGUGUGGGAAAAGAUGGUAAAAGAAAGAAUAUACUGUCACCAAUAUCUGUCAGUUACGUUGAUGCUUCGAGGUUAAAUGUUCUCUCUCAGCAAUCCGGACCAGUUUCUGCAAGAGAACCAUCAAACAUGUUUAUGGGCAGUCCCGUCCAUUACUCAACAUCCCAAAGUCCUCCACAUAUCAGUAUACCGCAACAGCAACAAAGUAGUGGACCUUACCUAAUAUCUUCACUGCCCCCUCAACAACCCACGGUGAACAUGAUGCGAAGGCAAAGCAUCUCGGCGAGGAUGAUGAAUUCUUAUGACUAUCCCAAUCAAUUUUCCACCCAAGAUAGCAUAGUCCAGCCUCAGCAGCCGCAACAAGUACUUUCUCCACAAGCAUUAUCUGGACCUCCGAUGAAGAAAUCAGGAACACUAUCUUCGACAGAUGAUCUGAAAACAACUUCCUUGCCAAUUGUUAAUUACCCAAUGCCGUAUCAUCCUGGAGCUUUUGCCCAGCAGCAGCAGCAGCAGCAGCAACCGCUCCCUACAGUCCCGCCAUAUAGCAGUUACUCCACUCCAUUUCCCUCAAUGAUGAACUCUCUUUCGAACUCUGCUUCUAACUCACCUGCUUUAGGAGUUUGUAAUAAUAAUGUAACACUACCCAAAAAAAGCAAUAUAAGUGAAAGGCAAGCUUUGGAUAACCAUAUACAAACUUUAAAGAACUCUCUAUCAACAAUCACUGAUUUGAUAGAAAAACAUAUUAACAGCGCAUCGCAAGAUGAAAAUAAAACUCUAACUAAUGAUGCCAUGAACAAAGACCUUCGAACAAGCUUAUCCCUAUUACAGAAUUCCAAGGAGGAAAUCAUUCAACUUGAAAGUAAAUGGAUGUCUAUGCAAUCUGUUAAAACAACUGCCCUACCCCUUCAAGAGACUACGAAUACAUCAUCGACCUUAACUUCUCUGACGUCCAGCAUAAUUCCCAAGAGUAUACCUAUAAUCACGAAAGGUGAAGUCGCCACUAAACCAGCAUCUUACUGA